UGCAGGUCCCUGUGCGGAUCGUGUGCCAGGCAGGGCUGAGGACACCGCCUCUGUGACCGACGUCCUGUCUCUGUGACCCACUGCCCAUCCGCUGUCCUGCCCCUGGAAGUGCAGAGGUGCCAGGAGCUGCCCACCGUCCCAGGACAACCCAGCAGGUGGUGGUCUCCCGCGGAGCAGACUUCCCACUGUUCCCUUCUGCGCUCGAGCUGGCGAAGGCUCUGGACCCAGACCCAUCCGCUCCCCGGGGACUGCUUCGGCCGACACUGAGUCUUGCGAGCAGGAGAGCAGGCGAGCAGCGCCAGCAAAUGGAGAUGGUAUUCAGGAGACAAGAGAGCAGUGAGGGGUUCUGUGGCCUCGCGCUCUGGUGCCGGAGGCUGUGCCCUGAGCGGCCGGGAGAAGAAGAGUACUCUGACAUUUUUUUACAGGAACGGGAGGAGCAACCAUCUCCUCGCAGCCCAUCUGACCCCCCUGUGCCUGGCCCCCUGGCCCAGGCGGAGCAGCGCGAGCAGCGCCCAGAGAAUGACAUUGACCUUGAAGGUCUGGUGAAUGAUAUGAAUACAUCUUUGGAGAGCCUGUGUCCAUCUGCUACCAUGCAGUCCGAGACGGUGCCCCUGCGCCAGAACGGCCAGCACACCCGUGGCCAGCCGCCACCUGCAGGAGCAAGGCCCGCGGAGCCGCAGGCAUCUGCGCAGCAGAAGGUGCAGCGCUCCCAGCCCAUGCACAUCCUGGCUGUCAGUUUUAGGUUCCUAGCAAAAUUCAGAGGAAGAUACAGAGAUUUCCUGUACACUCCCCUCCCCCAUCGUCAACAUCCCCACCAGAGGCGCCUGCAGGAGGAAGACCAGCAGUUGAAAACCUCGUCGCUGCCGGCCAUUCCCAACCCUUUCCCAGAGCUCGGCAAAAAGGAGAGCCCUUCUGCGCUCGCGUCCGGCUCGGGCUCGGGCUUGGGCUCGGGCUCCGGCUCCGGCUCGGGCUCCGGCUCGGGCUUCCUGCCGCCUCCAAGCCAGCCCCAGCCCCCGGCGAAGACGGAUGUUAAAAUCUUCGGUGAGGACGGGACCUGCAAGGUGGUGGAGAUUCCGGUGGACAUGAAGUCCCGGGACCUGUGCCAGCUGCUGGUGUACCGCAGCCACUGCGUGGACGACAACAGCUGGACCCUGGUGGAGUUCCACCCCCACCUGGGGAUCGAGCGCUGCUUGGAAGACCAUGAGCUGGUGGCCCAGGUGGACAGCACCAUGGCCGGCGAAAGCAAAUUCUUAUUCAGGAAGAAUUAUGGCAAAUACGAGUUCUUCAAAAACCCCACCAACUUCUUCCCGGACCAGAUGGUCACCUGGUGCCAGCAGUCCAACGGCGGCCAGAACCAGCUCCUGCAGAACUUCCUGAACACCAGCAGCUGCCCCGAGAUUCAAGGGUUCCUGCACGUGAAGGAGCUGGGGCGCAAGUCCUGGAAGAAGAUGUACCUGUGCCUGCGCAGGUCCGGCCUCUACUGCUCCACCAAGGGCUCCUCUAAGGAGCCCAGGCACUUGCAGCUGCUGGCCGACCUGGAUGACUGCAGCGUCUUCUCUGUGAUCUCCGGCAAGAAGCAGUACCACACCCCCACGGAGUUCGGCUUCUGCCUGAAGCCAAACAAAGUCCUGCAGGAGACAAAGGAGCUGCGGGUGCUGUGCGCGGAGGACGAGCAGGGCCGCAUCUGCUGGAUGACCGCGUUCCGGCUGCUCAAGUAUGGAAUGACCCUCUACCAGAACUACCGGCUCCCCCACCACAGAAAGGCGGCCUACCUGAGCUCCCUCUCCGGGCCCGUGCGCAGUGUCUCCGAGAGCUCCCUCGUGGCCAUGGACUUCUCUGGGCAGACCGGGAGAGUGAUCGACAACCCUGAUGAGGCUGAGAGUGCAGCCCUGGAGGAAGGACACGCCUGGAGGGUAAGGAGACGCAGCACCAGGAUGAGCGCCCUGGGCAGCCAGAGCCCCCUGGCCCACUCCUCCCUCAACACCGUGAUUCACAAGAGCCAGCACUGGUUCCAUGGCCGCAUCUCCCGGGAGGAGUCGCACCGCAUCAUCAAGCAGCAGGGGCUGGUGGACGGGCUCUUCCUGGUCCGUGACAGCCAGAGCAACCCCAAGGCUUACGUGCUCACGCUGAGCCACCACCAGAAAAUCAAAAAUUUCCAGAUCUUACCUUGUGAGGAGGAGGGGCAGGUGUUCUUCAGCCUGGACGACGGGAACACCAAGUUCUCCGACCUGAUCCAGCUCGUCGACUUCUACCAGCUCAACAAGGGGGUGCUGCCCUGCAAGCUCAAGCACCAC